UAAAAGCUUUUGUUAACGUAAAACAAUUAAGAUUGUGAUUAUAAUCUGUAUUGUUGGAUGAUCUUAAUUAACAAAGAAUCAACAAAAACCUGAAUACUUGAAAAAUUGUCAAGUUGUGAGAUGAAAGAUCCACUUUAAGUUUAAUCCAAUUUCUAUUUUCACCCAUCGGAAAUUCAAUCUUAUCAGAAAAUCUUAUCAUGUCUUCAAUGAAAAGAAUUGUCAUCUAUGGAGGAAAAGGAGCCCUUGGAUCAACAUGUGUCAAUUACUUCAAAAAAAACAAUUGGUGGGUCGCUGCCGUUGAUUUCGCCGCGAAUCCCGAUGCUGAUGCCAAUGUGAUCAUUAAAUCACAACAAUUGACUGACCAAGAGAAUGAAGUUGUCAGUGGAAUUGAAUCAAGUCUCGGUGGAUCCAAACUCGAUGCUGUUGUUUGUGUCGCCGGUGGAUGGGCUGGUGGCAAUGCUUCAGCGAAAGAUUUUGUUAGUAACACUGAAUUGAUGAUCAAACAAAGCAUUUGGACUUCGUGUAUCGCUGCAAGAUUAUCCUCAUUGUUUUUGAAUGAAGGUGGACUAUUAGUAUUGACUGGAGCUAAAGCCGGACUUGAGGCCACUCCAGGUAUGAUUGGAUAUGGAUUAGCCAAAGCUGCUGUUCACCAAUUAACUCAAUCUCUUUCUGCUGAAAAAAGUGGUCUUCCUAAUAAUUCAACUGUAUUGACCAUUUUACCAAUAACUUUGGACACUCCAAUGAAUCGUAAAUUCAUGCCAAAAGCUGACCAUUCCACUUGGACUCCAUUAGAAUUUGUGUCAACCACUUUCCAUACCUGGGCUACUAAUGACACCACAAAUCGACCGAAAUCAGGAUCGUUAAUCUCACUGAAUACUGUUGACGGAAAAACUGAAUUAACUGUGGAAAACAAAUAAUCAAAAAUCGUUAUUCGAGAAUCUUUUGCCCUGAGGCAGUUUUAGAAAUCAACAGGUAGUAAAUAUAGAAAUGUUCCAAUCCAAUAGAAAAUUAAGCUUAGAAUUUAAUGUAUGUUUGUUUGCAUUAUGAUUCUGGGAACAAAUUUGAUUGUGAUUUAAGGUGUCAUACAAAAAAAAAGAUUAUGAAUAAAUUAAUAACUUUUGGCUCAGAA